GGCUAGAUUGAAAGCAAAGUUAAAUAUCAACGAUCUUUGUUCAAUAAUCAAUCGGAAAUCGGAAGACCACUUCUGUUCAUGUGUAUCUUAAAGUGCUAAGUCUAUAUUGAAAACCGUGAACAUGUCAUUGGGCGAAGAACAUGUUGCUUUCAUCCGCUGGUGUGAAUCUCAAGGGAUAAAGAUUCAUGGCGUCUCCCCUGCCGGUAUUCCAGGUCGGCGUUUAGGGAUGAUUGCCACAAGAAGAAUAUCCGCUGGCGAGACAAUUGUUACGGUUCCUCUAGUCGCGAUGCUUACAAUCGACUCCGUUCCCCCUUCUUUUGUUCGAAUGUUUUCCAAAGCUACACCGCUACAUGCGAUACUCGCCGCGUUUUUCACCCACGGAGACCCUGUUUUAUUAGAAAAAUGGGAGUAUUGGCGUCGGGUUUGGCCUCUUAGGCAUGAUUUUGAAAAAUCUUUGCCACUCUUUUGGUCGGAAAUGUUACCAGCCAACGAAAGCAUACUACCUCCUUCUGUUUCUGGAUCGUGGAGCUUCCGUAAUAAGAAACCUGAGGAUAUUGAGUAUGGAUCCAGAUAUACAAACAUACUCUCGCACCAGAAAAAGAGAUUGCAGGAUGCAUGGAGCGAGGUUCUUUUGGUGUUCCCUCACACAGACUGGAAUUUCUUCUCAUAUAAUUGGCUCAUUCUGAAUACCAGAAGUUUCUUCUAUGUGUCACCAGAGAAAGACGAGCCUGAAGAUUGGAAUGAUGCCAUAGCCUUAGUUCCUUUUGCGGAUUACUUCAAUCAUGAUGACAAGGCACCUUGUGAGGUUAAUUUUAACGGCGAGUAUUACACGUUUAAAGCUUCUCGACGAUUUGAGAAGGGCGAAGAGUUAUUUAUCAGCUAUGGAUCACAUUCGAACGACUUUCUUCUAGUUGAAUACGGAUUUCUUCUAGAUGACAACAAGUCGGAUGCCAUUUUUCUCGACGAUAUCGUCCUUCCAGAACUUGCAACUGCGAACAAGAAAGAACUGCUCUCUCGGCAGCUUUAUGGCGACUAUAAAGUUACAUCGUCUGGUUUUUGCAAUCGUACCAAGGCUGCUGCUUGCAUGAAAUACAUGACUAACGAUCAGUGGCGUGACUACAUUCUAGGUCGCAGUCAGGGCGUAGAGAAUAGAACCGCAAGUGUUCUCCAUGACUGGAUCGGCGCCUAUCUGAAGAAAAGCAUGACCAGUAUCAAGAUCUUGGAGGAUAUGCAAUUGAGGCCGCGAUCAGAAUCUCAAUAUUGGGAGAAGGAUAGGAUCGACAUUUUGUUGAGGAGGUGGAACCAAAUAAGAGUCUUGUGUGUAGAAGCAUCAAAGGCUAUUUCCUCGUGAAGCCGGGUUCACGUCUUACCUUGUAUACCGUGCUCUGGGG